UCCGUCAUACGCCUGAUCAAAACUUACAUGCUAUUGUCUAGCUAGCUGUCUCGUUUCACAUUAGAAUGACGACGUUGGGAUGUAGAAAAAUAUCACCGUGAUAUGAAUGUAUCGGAAACACCCAAGUAUUCAGGCGGGGUCUCUGUAGCUGGGCAGAAAUUGCAGCUCUGACUCAUAUUGCACUUCUCAAUGAGGUACAGAGUUCAUGGCUCGGGCUGUUGGUCCCGCCUCUUCCUGCUCGGACCCCUGCCGGUCCGGGCGCGCGUGGUCCGGACCUACAGCGCCCGCCACCAACCCGGUGGCCCGUCGGGCAAGGAGCGAGCACUGUCUGCCUUACAGCACGCAGGUCGGUUGGGGCAGCAGUGGACUCAGAAGUCUACCCAGAUGGCCGCCGCCACCAUGAACACCUGGUGGGAGAAGUACGAGGAGUUUGUCGGCCUCAACGAGGUCCGCCACGCACAGACCAAAGUCACAGAGGCCGAGUCGGCCUUCCUGGUGUCCCGGGGGAUGGUGCGCGAGGCCCACGUGAGCCUGGAGGCCCUGCAGGGCCGCCUGAAGGAGGUGCGGGCCCGUUUGGACCGCGUGUCCCGGGAGGAGGCGCACUACCUGGAGCUGGCCACCCUGGAGCACAAACUGCUGCAGGACGAGCGGCGCCUCCGCACGGCGCACGAGCACGCCGAAGCGUCGGAGCGCGAGACCUUCGCCGCGUUCUCGGCCGCCGUGCGCGAGAGUCACGAGAAGGAGCGCGCGCGGGCCGAGCGCACCAAGAACUGGUCGGUCAUCGGCUCGGUGCUCGGCGCCCUCAUCGGCGUCAUGGGCUCCACGUACGUCAACCGCGUGCGCCUGCAGGAGCUCAAGAGUCUGUUGCUGGAGGCCCAGAAGGGUCCGGAAAGCCUGCAGGAAGCCCUCAAAGUCCAAGCCAGGAACCAUCGCUCGCAGCUGGACGAGCUGGGGGCGCUCAUCGACAGCCUCCGAGGGGGCGCAGUCCCCGAGGUGCGCCGCGCCGACCCGGACGACCGCUCCCCGACGAGGGCCGACGCGCUCCUGGAGUCCCUUUUACCCCGAGUGUCGGAGCUACAACAAGGCCUCGGCGGGGUCCGUGGCGAACUCACCCGCGUGACGAACCUCCUAGAAAACGGCUCGCGCCGGGUGCCCGAGCGGAUGCCGGGGUCUGCGGAGGACGCGCGGAGGACGCCGGGCGAGCGCAUCGGUCGCAGCACGCUGUACAACGCCGCCUUCGCGUACACGGCCGCCGCGCUCGCCGUCACGGCGGUGUACGCGCUGCUGAGAGGAGGGGCUUAGAGACGGCCGUGGUGGUUGCCGUGGCAACACAGGUGGGGAGUCACGCUGCUUGACUCGAGUCAGACUUGAGGCGGACACGUUAUGAUUUAUUAAGACACGACUUCGGCUUGAACUAAAAGACUUCACAGGUCUCGCCUGUUUACAUUUGAAAAGCUCCAUUUUCAAGAGACGCGAUUCUUAAAAAAAAAAAAAAGUGUAAAUUCCUGGGGCAAACAAAAUUCUAAAACCCUAAAACCCCCAAAGACGUAAGCGACGUUAACUUCACACUUUAGCGCACCCAUAGCUGGUCAAACAUGAGCUAAGCUUCACGUCGGUCAUGUCGAUUAAUCGAGAAAACAAUAAAGUCAUCGACAAGACGACGACUGGUUUGAGACCACUGAAAAUGAUGUGAUUGCGAAUGUGUUAGUACAACGGAGUACAAAGUGGUUCAGUGUGAAUAUCGGUUGUGGCUGUUUAAAAUGGAAGUGACUCAACUGCUCGAACAACUUGCUUGAAAGUUGAAGUAAAAGACUCGAGACCGACCGACGCAUGACUCGCACGUAUGUGACUUAGCACCUGUGCCGAAUACUACGGAACUUGUGACGACGUCACGCUGCAGCGGGAGCAAUCGCAACUCAAAAGAAGACCAAGUGGCGCUUUGCUCGUUUGGGAGCAGCGGCGGGCAGCAUACUCUUGAAGAUCGUCAAUUAUGUAUGGAGCGUACACUUUUGAAGUCAACGCAUCCACAAAUCUUAAAAAAAUUAAAUAAAAUCCAACAAUAAAGAAAAGAUAUGGCUUUCAGAAUUCUGUUUUUAGUAUUUGUAUAUUUAUCCUUUUGUUGACAAAUAACUCAUCCAUUACCUGUACAACUCAAUUGACAAAAUAUUUUCACAAGGGAAAGUAAGACUUAACUCUUAACUCUUGACUGUGUUCAGAAUUAACUAAUCACGUUUAUGUUAAUGGUAGUCAGCGUGCACCUGCCAGCAUUUAAAGUGCCUACGAUUGUAUGUGCCCUGCGAUUGGCUGGCGACCAGUUCGGGGUGUACCCCGCCUCCUGCCCGAUGACAGCUGGGAUAGGCUCCAGCGCGCCCGCGACCCGAGUGAGGAGAAGCGGCUCAGAAAAUGGACGGAUGGAUGAUUAAAAGUUCAGAUGUUCUAGUUGGCUUUCCCUGACUUACUUAAGUACCUCAAUUUCAGUUGCACAUGAUUCAAAUGUGGUAAACUGAUGGAACUUCCCCUCU